AAUAUGGAUCGCGAAAAAUUCCGGGAAAUGCGAACAUUUCGAUAACCUCGUUGGAAUAUCCUUAUAACGCUUGUGUAAUACAAGUAAUGAUGGUAGCUUUGUCUCAUUACACACAUUUGAAAUUUUUUUGGAUUCCGUACAAUACGAUUUAUGGAAGUCGAAAAAAAUUUGAUCAAAAUAAACCAUUCUACUGAGAGAAAUUAUAGUGACUCAGAUAGGAACGACGAAUUUGUUAAAUUCUUACAAAUUUUUAUUAAAGUGUGAUUGUUGAAGCGAGUGUUUGCAAAGGAUUUGCUAUAAAAAAUUCAAAAGAUUUUAUGAAUUAAAUGCCAAUUAGUUUUGAAAGCUCAACGAUCUGGAUUGAUAGACGGAUCUUGUCAGGCGGCGCAUUAGCUGCAAAUAAUCAUCGGACUCUCACUCGUCUCGGCUAUCGUCCGCAAGUGCUGAGUUCUUGCUGCACGCGGCACUCAGCGGUGUGUGCGUGAUAUACCUACUGUGCCAGUGCGUGUGAUAUGUAUUGUAUAUGAGUAUGCUCAUGCAAUAUCAUUCAAGAGCACAUAAUUUUGUCAAUCAUCGUUCGUUCUCGUCGGCGCUCGUGGUUAUCGUUGCGCGCUAGCGCGUGCAAAUAUUCCAAAGCAUUUACACGCUCCCUCGCCAAUAAACAUCAUCGACACAGAAGAUUUGUAGACUUUCUUUUUGUCGUUGGGCUCGGUGCUUUGCGGCGUGCGUGCGGCUGGUCUGGAGCCGUGCUCGGGAAGGUGUAAUUUUGUGCAAUCCUCGAGAACCAGUUGAGUACAAUCAUGAAGCAAGUUCAGCGCUUACAAUUAGCAACAUCGCUCUCAUAGCGCGUGAUUAUGUUUUAAGCAAUCGUCUCGUGUAAAAGUGUGUGUUACAUGUGUAUGUUUACAUGUGUAGCUGAUAUUUAUACGAAUAAGCACAUUCGUACUUGCUGGUGAUUUUCCAAUUAUUGAUUAGCACAUAAAGCGCGAUUAUCAUGUCGUUGCACGAGGAAAAAGAAGAAGACGAGCAGGAUGAUGUGCCGUCUGCUCAGGAGCAACAAUCCCAAGAGCAACAGCCGAAGAAACAACAACAACAACAGCAGCAGCAGCAGCAGCAGUCGCAACAAUCACGUCAGUUAUCAACAAGAUCGAACCAAAAUUCCAGGCAGAUUGUUGUAGUACAACGUGACGAAAAUGAGACACAGGAUUGGAAUAUGUCCUUGGCAUUUAACAAAACCAGACAUACUAUCACUAUUGAGACUGUCAACAAUUUCUCUCAUUCCUGGAGGAUGAAAGAAAGAAUGAAGACAGUAAGUGUAGCAUUAGUUUUAUGCCUUAAUGUUGGGGUAGACCCACCUGAUAUUGUAAAAACACAGCCAUGUGCUCGUUUAGAAUGUUGGAUUGACCCUUUGUCCAUGAGUCCCCAAAAAGCGCUUGAAACUAUUGGUACAAAUCUUCAGAAACAAUAUGAACGUUGGCAACCAAGGGCUAGAUAUAAGCAAAGUCUCGAUCCUACAGUUGAGGAAGUUAAAAAGUUGUGUACUUCUCUUAGAAGAAAUGCCAAAGAAGAGCGGGUGCUUUUUCAUUAUAAUGGACACGGUGUACCCAAACCUACUAGUAAUGGAGAAAUUUGGGUGUUCAAUAGAACAUAUACUCAGUACAUUCCGCUAUCAGUUUAUGAUUUACAAACUUGGAUGGGAGCUCCCAGUAUAUACGUGUAUGAUUGUUCCAAUGCUGGCAUUAUUGUUGAUUCUUUCAAACAAUUCGCUGAUCAACAUGAAAAAGAAUUUGAAAUGGAAAAACAAACAAUGCAGCAGAACAGAUCAGCAGGUGCUAUUCCUAUUGUUACGCCUUCUUACAAAAAUUGUAUUCAGCUAGCAGCUUGUGCCGCUAAUCAAAUUUUACCAAUGAAUCCAGAUCUUCCUGCAGAUAUAUUCACCGCUUGCCUUACAACACCUAUUAAAAUAGCAUUGCGAUGGUUUGUAAUGCAAAACACGUCCAAAUUAGUGCCAAAAGUUUCAUUAGAAUUAAUAGAUAAAAUACCUGGUCAACUGUCUGACCGAAGAACAAUGUUAGGUGAAUUGAAUUGGAUUUUUACUGCAAUAACAGAUACAAUCGCCUGGAAUACAUUACCAAGAGAUCUAUUUCAAAGACUUUUCAGACAAGAUUUGCUCGUUGCUAGUCUUUUUAGAAAUUAUUUAUUAGCUGAAAGAAUAUUGCGUUCUUAUGAUUGCACACCAGUGUCCUGUCCAGCAUUACCACCAACUUUUCAACACUCAAUGUGGCAAGCAUGGGAUUUGGCAUUGGAUCUAUGCCUCGCACAGUUGCCUAACAUUCUGGAAUCAGAAGACAGAUUUGUUCACUCACCCUUUUUUGAGGAACAAUUAACAGCGUUUCAAGUCUGGUUGACAUUGGGUUCGAAAAGUCGUAAUCCACCAGAGCAAUUACCGAUUGUCCUUCAAGUACUGCUAAGUCAAGUGCAUAGGUUAAGAGCUCUUGAAUUGUUGGGCAAAUUUUUGGAUCUAGGACCUUGGGCUGUUAACUUAGCCUUGAGCGUUGGUAUAUUUCCUUACGUUCUCAAGCUUUUGCAAAGUAAUGCCCGAGAGCUUAGACCAUUGCUAGUAUUUAUAUGGGCUAAAAUAUUAGCAGUCGACAAUACUUGUCAAGGGGAUUUGGUGCGCGAUGGUGGACAUAAAUAUUUCCUCUCAGUACUUCAAGAUACCACGUUGCAAAGUGAACAUCGAACUCUGGCAGCUUUCGUUCUUGCUUGCAUUGUCAACAAUUAUCCUGCAGGUCAAGAAGCUGCUCUUCAAGGCAGUCUCGUAUCAAUCUGCCUUGAACAAAUAAAUGAUCCUAAUCCCCUUUUGAGACAAUGGCUGGCUCUGUGCCUCGCGCGACUUUGGCAGAAUUUCGAUACAGCCCGAUGGUGCGGCGUUCGCGAUACAGCUCAUGAAAAACUGCACAAAAUGCUACAAGAUCCAGUUCCCGAAGUUCGAGCUGCGAGCGUAUAUGCUCUCGGCACUUUCGUCAGUAGUGUAACGAAGAGGAGUGAACAUGCCAAUAAUAUUGAUCAAGCUAUUGGAAUGAUGCUUAUUAGCACAGUGACGAAUGACAUGAGCCCUAUAGUCAGAAUGGAAUUGGUAGUCGCUCUUCAAUGGUUGGUACUUCACUUUGAAAAUUUAUUUGUCAAUUUAGCGGUAGCCGAAGAGAAGGGACGACGAGAAUUGGUGGUUGAAACUUUAUCGCCCUUCAGUGGCAUGCGACGCAUUAGCUCAAAAGACCGUUUAAAAAUGCUUUCGCCGAAUGCCCACGGUAAUUCUGGAAGCGACUCAACCGAUGGUUUCAAUUCGGAUAAAAUCAAGCGGGUAUCUUCUGUAUCCUCCAUCAGUACUCUAGGAGGUAAUUGGGAAUUCGUGCGGAAACCAAGUGAAACUCUGGGCCACGGAAUGGGUUAUCUUCCUAGUUUAGCUUAUGGAAGUGUUUACAUGAAGUUAUGGCACGGGCUUUGCGCAAUGGAAUAUGAUCCUUCUCCAGGUGUAGCUAAUUUAGUACAAAAAGUUGUCGGUCACGUGCGUCAACAAGUCAAGGAAACCACUAAGAAACCGAAAGAGUUGAACGAUUCCAAAAUGUCGUCGUCUCUAUCUUUGCCUCCCUCACCAUCUAAUAAGACAAACAAUUUUCUCAGUAACAAAGAGGAUUUACUACGAAGCAAUAAACACCAAAAGCGAAAACCUGGACCAAACGCCGCAAUAGCGGAAGGAAUCGAAGUCCCGCUCAGUGCGAGAAAUCCACUAGUAACUUCGAAAUUCGUUGAAUGGAGUUGUUCCCAAUUUGCCCAGCCAGUAAGCUUUUCGUCUGAGGUAGAUACUAGCAAAGACAUCGAAAGUCGCGCUCAUCAUGAACGCGAGUGGCGGUACUUGAGAAACAAGCGGCAACGACACGAGGUGAAGGAUGAACAAAUACGAGCAGUUAAUGGACGAAUCGACUCGCAAGUGUUCGUCGCCCGCUGCCCACAGUCACCGGAACUUUUGUUAUUCCACCCAUUCGAUUCGCAUCUGGCCGUGGCCUGUAAAGAUUACUUCGGUAUUUGGGAUUGGCAGUCUGGUACUAAGCUUACGUAUCACGCGAGUCGUGGAACUAUGCGUCCUUCACGUAUCAGCAGUCUUCAGUUUCUGAAUUCUCACGACGUAGCUUUAUUGAUGGUUGGGUCAGACGAUGGUUCAAUCCGCGUUUGGAAAAAUUAUUACAAUAUGCUUGGACGUGAGCCAACAUUACUGACGGCUUGGCAGGCGCUCUCAGACUUACAACCUAUUGGCAAAAUUCAUAUGGGGUCGUCGGGAUUAGUGACAGCCUGGGAGCAACGUUCGUUGACUUUGGUAGCUGGUGGUGAUGUGAAGAGCAUUCGUUUAUGGAAUGCUGAGACUGAAUUGAAGCUUCAAGAUUUACCAACAGGCACCGAUUUUUGUGUUACGUCUCUAGAUACUGAUGAUAUCGGGAAUAUGCUGAUAGCUGGUUGUGGCGAUGGUACAGUACGUAUUUUUGAUCGCCGUUUAGCUCCGUUGGAGGCCCGCGUUAUGACUUACUGCGAGCAUAGCUCGUGGAUUCUUGGUGCAUCGCUACAUCGCAAAGCUUUUCAAUCGGUACCCACGAGACUGAUCACUGCCUCGACCGCCGGAGACGUAAGGUACUUCGAUUUACGAAAGAACUCAUCUGUGUCUCAUAUUCAAACUAUGGAAGGCAUCACAUCCUUUGCCAUGCAUGAUGCAGCGAGUGUAUUCGCCUGCUCGACAAAUCAAGUAACUAGGAUUUACAACCUGUCGGGUCAGUAUCUCAAUUCUAUCAAGUCGCACGAGGGUUUCAUGAGUUCGCGCGUUGGACCUAUUAACUGCUUAAAUUUCCAUCCGUAUCGGGUGUUAUUAGCAGCGGGUUGCGUCGACAAUACUGUAACGGCGUACUCCACUGGUGAACACCGUAGAUGA